UUCUCCUACCAAGCAUCUUGUUCAUGUUCAAGGGCUGGCUUCUAUCUUGGGGAAGGGCAUUACAUAUGCAUCAUCCGAAUCGAAAGUGAGCAUUUACUCGCCCGGCAUGCGUCUCGUCACAAAAGGCGUAAUGACUCAUCAACAAGGCACUGGAAUUUUGUGCCCUCCCCUUGACGAUACCCAUCGUCGGUCUCUUGACAACAUUAUCAUCAAGAUGUCACCUCUGACAAGCCGAGCGGAGCAGCUACUCGCCCAUCCCUAUCCUCCCGUGUUGGAACUAUUGGAGCUGCAACAAGACUUAUUGGCAAUUGAUGAUGAGAUUACGUAUUGGGCCUAUGACCGACCCUCUAGCUGGAGUCCAGAACUCGUCGGUGAAGUCUGGACGGAUCCGGCAAUAUCAGAGGAAGCCAAGUUCUAUUGUGUCGGCCCCGUUGAGAAAUACUUCGAUAUGUACGUUGCAACCGCAUGGAACUCAUGGCGUUCAAUCCAUGUCAUCUAUCUUGACCACCUCAUACAUGUUUCAAAUGCCCUCGGACAGGGUGAGCUUACUCCUUUAUACAAAGAACGGAUCGACGAUCUAGCUGUUGGUGUUAAGGCGUCUAUUCCCUUCCACCUGUCUCACGACGUUGAGAACUACAUCCAGCAAGCAAAUUCUGGGACUCCCCUUUUUCAAUCAGACCGGUUGGUAGGAGGUCUGUUACUUCUUCAUCCCCUGUAUGCCCUUGCCAGGUGUACAAUUGUGGAUGGAGCAACCAGAAAGUACAUGUCCGAUACUCUGAGAUGGAUUGGAGAUGAGAUGGGAAUCCGACAUGCGACCAUUCUUGCUGAUGGUCUUCAGCCUGAUACGCAUGGACCUUCUGCGAUGCAGAGCUCCAAAAUCUCGUUUCUUGAUGCACUUGAUGGGCAUUUCCUGAUCACUGCGAGCAUGAUGUUGGAGCCUCGGCCGGUCACAAGUGCCGCUUGAGAUGAAGUGUCUCAGUGGUACUCUGCAGAAGAGGUCUGCAGAGUCUAACAAAAGGACUGAUGUAUUCGCCUAUAAACUAUAGAAUUGAUGAGAAACGCAGCAUUCCUUUA